AUGAGUGUGUUUAUUGAAACAAGUCUUGGGAAUGUUGUAAUUGACUUAUUCACAGAAGAUAAUCCAGUAGGAUGUUAUAAUUUUAUUAAACUGUGUAAAAUUGAAUAUUAUCUUCAUUGUAUCAUUUAUCGAGUAAUCAAAGAUUAUGCAAUUCAAUUUGGAGACAUAACAAUGGGAAAAGGAGGAAAUUCAUUUGAAGGAGUUAUGGAAGGGAUUGAACAUAAGUACAUUGUAUGUCAACCAAAAACAAAAAGAAAGAAUGAUAAGAAAGGAAUUGUAGGGUUUGUUACACAUGGUAAGAAUACAAUUGGAUCAGAAGUGUACAUCACCACAGGGAAUGGAAUGAGUGGAAUAAACGGAAUAGCAAUAGGACAAAUUGAAGAAGGGAUGGAAGUGAUAGAAGAAAUUAACAAAGUUAAUGUAGAUGAGAAUUAUCGACCAUACCAAAACAUCAGAAUCAUUAGUAUUGAAAUAUUUGAAGACCCUUAUGACGAUCCAAAAGGAUUUGUUAAACCAAAAGCACCAGAACUUAUACUUGAUGACCAUCCAGAAAUCAAUGAAAUGAUAGAAAAAAUUGACUCUGAUACAGAAAAGAAAAUCAAAGAAAACGAAGCAAAGAGUCGAGCAGAAGUUCUUGAAAUGAUAGGGGAUUUACCAUUUGCAGAAAUCAAACCACCAGAAAAUGUGUUAUUCAUUUGUAAAAUGAAUCCAAUCACAAAUGAAGAAGACUUAGAAGAAAUAUUCAGAAAGUAUGGUAAGAUUAGAAGUGUUGAAAUCAUCAGAGACAGGAAAACCAAGAAAUCACUAGGAUAUGGGUUUAUUGAAUUUGAAACAAAAGAAGGGUGUGAAAAUGCAUAUCAAAAGAUGGAUAAUGUCAUUAUUGACGAACGUAGAAUUCAUGUUGAUUUUUCACAAUCAAUCGGAAAAUAUGGAAUCCAAUACGAUUUCAUUCAUAAACACAAUAAAUGGAUUAAAGUAAAAGAGAAUGACAUUCGUAAGAGAGAUGGAAAGAGACAUAAUGAAGAACCAAAAGAAAAAAGAAGAUUCGAUAAAUAA